AGGUGUGCAAGAAGUUUUCUCUAACGGCGACGACUCUCUCCCGAAUCCCCCUCCUCUCUCUCUCUCACCGAACCUCAAAUCUGGCCAAACCCUUGUAUGAAAUUGUGACUGAGAGUGAUUUAUCUACUGGGAGCGUAACAAUUGACAUCAGAGCCACUCCGAUUCACCAAAUUUUGCUUCCACCACAAAUCUGGCCGGCCGUUUCCCCUCCAUCAUUCAAACCCGAAAGGGGAAAGCAAUCGUCAUGGAGGAGACCAACAAGGCAUUGGCUUACCUGACGACGGUGAUCGGUGCCAUGUCCGCCCAGAUCAGCGAGAUUCACCCUAUCGUCCUUUAGCUCCAAGGGUGGAGGCCGACGAUUGAGCGCUUAGUGGAUGACCUUAGCGCUGAGGUCAAGGAACUGCGCCAGAGCAUCCAUGUGACGCGCGCGACGUCCAUGCCGGGUCCUGAUCUAGGGCCGACCAAGGAAAGAGAGACGGCGCUGCUGAUCCGCCUCGCGGAUCUGCCGCCCCUGCUUCCUACGGUGGCUGACACAUCUCUGCCUCGACCAGGCGAGCAGCUUCAAGCUCGCAGUGACGGCAGUCACGGGCCCAUCGGCCACGGCAUUGCAACAAAUCUUCGGGGGAAAUCGUUGGGGGAAACACACACCCCGUGGUUGCCUCCGACCACUGGUAUGGUCGAUUUCCCUCUGCAUGCUAAGCAUUCCUUCUUUGGGGGUCAGGGCUAUCAUCGAUUUCCACCACGACCGCGUUUUGAUUUUCCUAUGUUUGAUGGGAUGAACCCCAAGGCUUGGCGUCUCAAAUGUGAAGCUUAUUUCCGUGUAUGCACUCUUAGUCCUCAUACAUGGGUUAGUUGUGCUGCGAUGUACUUUACGGAGGGAGCUCUCACAUGGCUCCAAUCCUCUGAAGCUCAUUUGCAUUACCAGGAUUGGGGGAAUUUUGCCUCGGCCAUCUGUUCCCAGUUCGGGCGAGAGGAGUUUCGAAAUUUACUUCGACAAUUCAACCGACUGCAUCAAACACGCACCGUACCUGAAUAUGCUGAGCAGUUUACACAAACCAUGCACCACUAA